GAAGAUUAGGGAUUAGAGUGGGCGAGAGAGAGAGAGAGGGGGAGAGAUGUCGUAUUUGCUUCCGCACUUGCACUCCGGAUGGGCCGUCGAUCAGGCCAUCUUGGCCGAAGAAGAGCGUCUCGUUAUCAUCCGAUUCGGUCACGACUGGGAUGAGACCUGCAUGCAGAUGGAUGAAGUUUUGGCUUCAGUUGCUGAGACAAUAAAGAAUUUUGGUGUGAUAUACCUUGUGGACAUCUCACAGGUACCUGAUUUCAACACAAUGUACGAGCUGUAUGAUCCGUCGACAAUCAUGUUCUUCUUCAGGAACAAGCACAUAAUGAUUGAUCUUGGAACCGGGAACAACAAUAAAAUCAACUGGGCUCUUAAAGAUAAGCAGGAGUUUGUUGAUAUUGUUGAGACUGUGUACCGUGGGGCAAGGAAAGGCCGUGGUUUGGUUAUUGCACCUAAAGAUUACUCCACCAAGUACCGCUACUAAGUGUUUACAGAAGUUAUUGGCCUGAUUCUGUUGAAAUAAUAUGUUUGAUUAUGAAAGUGCAAUGUGCUUGUUAUCAAAAGUUUAUGCCGUUCCAGGUUUGGACAAACAGUGUAUAUUAAACAGACAUUUCUGAAACCCUGUUGUAUUGUUAACAUGAACAACUUUCCGGAUUGCAGAUUUAUGACUAUAACUAUGAUCUCUAUUCGAGGAAUUACUCAA